AUGUGGGACUUAGUCCCACAGAGCGCUCCUCCUGAUGCCGCCCGGGCCCCUUUGGGUUCGGGAAAUGCCCGUAAAAAUAAGAUUAAGUUCAAAGUUCGAAUUUCUACCGUACCUAAUCCGACUCAGGCCUGUGACAAUCUAUUCGAUAGUGGUAAUCAGCAGGAAAGACUAGUGGAUAAUAGCAAUUUCAACUCCGACCCCUCCGAAAUCCAAUCCGAAGGCAAGAAGUACUCCUUAGGUGGGUUCGCGGAAGGCGAAGGUUCAGUUUCAGCUUCUGUCAAAGUUCAUUCUGACUUCCGAUUUGGGGUAAAUGUUCAACCAGAAUUUGGUGUAACUCAACACCAGAAUGGUAAGCAUAUCCUUGCAGAGUUUAAAGAACUCUUUGGCGGAAAAGGCAACCUUCACUUGAAACCCGGAACCAAAGACGUUGGUAAAGUAAAAGAAUUCAACAUUUUCCUUGAAAUCCUUGAGCGGAAACAACGAAAAGAGCAUUUUACUCAAGAGGGUCUGAUAGACAUGGUUAAGCUUGCUUAUACUCUCAAUGAAGAGGGUAAAGGGAAAACUCGUAAACGAACUUUGGAGGAGGUGUAUGGAUUCCUUACCUCCGCGGGUAAAUCAGGACUAGUCGCUGGGGUUUAUCUCUGGAUAAACAGGCUGAACGGGAAGAUAUACGGUCUUGCCGGUUUCGUCUUAGUCAUUUUUCUCGUAUCCGACCCCGGUUCAGUCCUUGCUCUGGAGCAUGAUGAGACGAAGGCGAAUAUGUUCGCUGCACAGAAGGGGAAUACCAAUGCUAAGGGCUAUAAGCAAUCAGAUGAACACAAGGCCAAAAUCGCUGCUUCAAAUUAUAACAGUGGUAAAGCGGUCUAUCUCUAUGUCCCACGGAGCUCCUCUCCGUCGCGGAGUAUCCCGGGACGCCGCGAGGCUCUCGCCGAUCCUUUGGAUCGGCAGGACGCCGAGAGGUUUAAUGUUAAGCCUUAUGGUGAUCACAAGAUCUCAUUUACAACUCCCCUGUAUUCGGGGAAUCCCUUAAACCCGCUCAUCAUAUAUGAUAUUAGUACUGGGAUAAUGGGUAAUCCGAAGGAAAUUACUUGCAGAUGCUCCAUAACCCGAGGGAGCUCGCGCACACUGUCCCAAGCUCUCAGGGCAUUCUCGGCUGCGGAGCAAUGUAGCUGUUCCUUAUGGAAUGCUAAUCUAAAGCUAACCAUCAUGUCUGCAAGUAUAAUCCUCAGUGACUCUACGGGUACUCCGGCUUAUAGGGGUGGUGGCACGUGGAAACUAAGGAGCUACCAGGGACCGGGCACCGCCAGGAUAUGGAAAAGUAAAGCCGAGAAGAGAGAAUGCGGAUUAGCCCCAGCUAGACGAGAGUGCGACCAGCUAACUUAUGAGCACAAUGUGGAGAAUACCCACCAAGAUGUCCAUCUCUUGAGCCUAAGAUAG